AAGAUGAGCCUCUUUUAAUAAAUAUUGUGAUUUAAUUAUAGUAAAUACAGUAUGGGUCGAGUGAUCAGAGGCCAGCGUAAGGGUGCUGGGAGUAUUUUCAAGUCUCAUACCAAACACAGGAAAGGAGCUGCCAAGCUCAGACCCCUUGACUACUCUGAACGUAAUGGUUACCUCAAGGGUGUCGUGAAGGAGAUUAUGCAUGACCCAGGACGUGGUGCGCCGUUGGCUAUCGUCAGUUUCAGAGAUCCAUACCGAUACAAACAAAGGAAAGAGAUUUUCAUUGCUACUGAAGGCAUGUACACAGGACAGUUUGUCUACUGUGGAAAGAAGGCUACUCUUCAAAUAGGCAACUGCCUUCCCAUCGGUGCUAUGCCGGAGGGAACUAUUGUCUGUAAUGUGGAGGAGAAAUCGGGAGAUCGUGGCAAGCUAGCCCGUACAUCGGGAAACUAUGCUACUGUUGUAUCACACAACCAAGAAACCAGGCGAACCAGAGUGAAGCUUCCCUCUGGAAUCAAGAAAGUGUACCCUUCUGCUAACCGUGCCAUGGUGGGUAUUGUUGCUGGUGGUGGUCGUAUUGACAAACCUAUGCUGAAGGCAGGACGUGCUUACCAUAAGUACAAGGCCAAGAGGAACUGCUGGCCACGUGUCCGGGGUGUGGCCAUGAAUCCCGUAGAACAUCCUCAUGGUGGUGGUAACCAUCAACAUAUUGGUACUCCCUCUACUGUCCGCCGAGACACAUCAGCUGGAAGAAAAGUUGGUCUUAUUGCUGCCCGUCGCACUGGUCGAAUCAGGGGAGGAAAGAAAACUUUCAAGGGAGACAAAGAAACAGACUAAAUUGUAUCUCUCUCAGUUGCCCAAUAAAAUUUACUGUAAAUUUGA